GAAAUAUCGUCGCCGUUGUAUACAGAUUGCAUUGUUACACAUUCCUUUAUGGUGGUGGGGAUGAGAUUUCGUGGUGAACAUAAGUUUAAGAAAUCAGAUAUCAUUACUCUUGAACUGGAGCCGUCUAAUACAUAUGAUAAAAAUGCGAUAAAAGUUAUGGUGGAUGGUAUUCAUAAAGCAUACGUGGCAAAGAAUGAGAAUGUGAGUAUAGGAGAUUUGAUGAAACAGUAUUCAAAUUAUCGGAUUACUGCCCAUGGAAAAAAGAACUAUAAUCAAUCAGCAUCUUUGAAUCUUGAAUAUCCUUGGAUAGUCUGUGAGAAAUGUCGUGAUAUGCUACAAGCAUCGAGAGAUUAUGACUAUACUUAUUAA